CAAAAAAAGGGGGGUGGAGUUAACCAAUAUAAUAACUAAAAAAACAAAGAAGAUUGUAAGAUAAAGCUGAUGAAGUUCACAUUGCAAGAAGAGAAUCUGCUUAUAACAAAAGAAAGAGAGAUAUAAGAGAAGACCUUGCUAAGUCUUUGGUUUCUUCUUGAUAACACAACUACUACUAUGUACAGAUUCAGCAACACAGUGAUUGGAGUCUUAAACCUCCUCAGCUUACUAGCUUCGAUACCAAUCAUAGGAGCCGCUCUAUGGAAGGCAAGAAGCAGCACGACUUGCGAGAACUUCCUCCAAACUCCUCUACUCGUUAUAGGUUUCAUCAUACUCUUAGUAUCCCUCGCCGGGUUCAUAGGAGCAUGUUUCAACGUGGCAUGGGCUCUUUGGGUUUACUUAGUGGUCAUGAUUUUCCUCAUCGCGACUCUUAUGGGUCUAACUCUGUUUGGUCUGGUGGUGACGAGCCAAGGAGGUGGUGUGGAAGUACCAGGGAGGGUUUACAAAGAGUAUAGGCUUGGAGAUUAUCAUCCAUGGCUGAGAGAAAGAGUUAGAGAUCCUCAGUAUUGGAUCUCUAUAAGAAGCUGUAUCUUGAGUUCCAAGACUUGUGCUAAGAUUGAAUCUUGGACUACACUUGAUUACUUCCAAAGAGACAUGACCUCUGUUCAGUCGGGAUGUUGUAAGCCACCGACGGCGUGCACGUACGAGACCGGAGUAAUAGUAGGAGGAGAUGAUUGCUAUAGAUGGAAUAAUGGUAUUGAAACGUUAUGCUACGAGUGUGAUGCUUGUAAAGCUGGUGUUCUUGAGGAGAUCCGUCUUGACUGGAGAAAGUUGUCGGUGGUUAACAUUUUGGUCCUUGUCCUCCUCAUCGCUGUCUAUGCUGCAGGUUGCUGCGCCUUCCACAACACUCGCCACGCAGCACAUCCUUAUCAUCCUUCUGAUGAUAAUCGCAUGACUAAAGUCCGUCCUCGUUGGGACUACUACUGGUGGAGAUGGUGGCAUGAGAAGAAAGAGCAGCUUUACUGAGAGAGCAGCCACAUCGCUUGUGUUUUCAUAUUUUCAUCAUUAUCUGUUUACCAAACCAGCUUGAGAUUAAGAAAACACAAAUCUAAGAAACGUUGAUGUACUUCUGUUUUCUAUAGUUCAUCAAGAGAUGUAGUAAAAGUUGUUCUGAUCUCAGAAGAAACAAAAGGAAACAUACAUGGAAGAUCGAUCAAUAGAGAGUCAGAGACUAUGAACAAGUUGAAUAUAAUAUAUAUUGAAUUUCAAA